UCUACCUCCGCAAGUCCACAGCCACAACGCCUUCUCAUCAGAUCUCAAAUCUUCCUCCCAAGGUCUAUCUACGAUGGGUUCUGCAUUUACCUCUUCAGAGGUCCCCAUGUCAGGGCAGGCCGGCUCCCACUAUAUUCCCACACAUCAGUACACGCAGAGGCUUGCAACAGUCAACUACCCUGACGUUCAAUACAAUGGCUAUGGCUUCAACGCUUCAGAACGUCCCAGUUUUGGCACUCAUCGCUUUCCCGAAGGUGAAUUCGUCAGUCCCGGCUUUUUCCAGCACCUCGAUCCGAAGAUUUUCACUCUUCCACAAGCGGAGGUCGACUGGACAUACAGUUUGCGCCGGGAGGCGCAACGGAUCCUUCCGUUUCUGUAUCUCGGACCGUGGAGCUGUCUCUCGAACAAGCAGUGGCUCAGAGAUGAAGGUUUCACUCUUCUGUUUGGUGUUCGAGACGAGCGGCUGGCGAAAUUACGACUUGUCUCAGGACACAAAGCCGCCGCAGAUCUGGGUAUCGAGUCGGACUCUUUCGAUGUCUCCAGUAGUCAGGACGUAAUCGCUAGAUUGCCGCAAGCUAUACGACGCAUCAACGAUCAUAUCUAUCCUUCAAUAGAUUCGGUGUCCGGACAGCCCAUUCCCAAAAAGGUUCUCGUAUUCUGCGAAACCGGAAACGGGCUGUCUGCCUCGGUCGUGGUGGCGUAUCUGAUGGUUAUGCUCAACAUGGAGUUGGGCCACGCGCUCAACUUCCUUCACUCGCAGCGGUUCUGUAUCGACAUGGAGGAUGGGUUGAGGCCUCUGUUGAGCGCUUUUGAAGGAAUUUUGGUGGCCAAGAGUGAUGUUGAGAAUGCGAGAAAGUCUGUCUUUGCGCACUCGAGUUUAGCUGCUCCGACGAUGACACUAUCAAAGAAACGAAGCUUUGCCGACCAAGUCGAAAACGAACCCCCAGAGUAUGAGAGUAUGGAGGCGGAAUUCUCUGCAGAUAGGAAGCCUUUGGCACCAUUCCAGGAUCGCUAGGCAUUGCGUUUACCGUGUUUUUCAUGGCUUUUCCCUUCUUUGUAUCUUAGUUCUCGUCUACCAUAAUCAGCCAGGCAACUGCAGGUUCAGGCGUCUAGGCAUUUGAGCUUAAUGAAUAUCCGCAUAAUGAGGGCAUUUCGCGAGGCUUGGAUUUUCAAAACAGGUAGCUCCAUUCAAUUACCAACAAUUUGCGCAAGUAAGAGAUUG